AUGGUGAGCGCGGCGUGGCCGGGAGGGCCCGGGGGGCGCGGAGGGGCCGCGGAGGGGCCCGAGGGGGCUCGGAAAGGGCCGCGGGGCCCACAAGAGGGAGGAACACGCCGUGCCAAGAAGGGCCGCGGGCACGUGCAGCCCAUCCGCUGCACCAACUGCGCCCGCUGCGUGCCCAAGGACAAGGCCAUCAAGAAAUUCGUCAUCAGGAACAUCGUGGAGGCUGCAGCUGUCAGGGACAUCUCCGAGGCCAGGUUUCGAUCCUACGUGCUGCCCAAGCUCUAUGUGAAGCUGCAUUACUGCGUCAGCUGCGCCAUCCACAGCAAGGUGGUUCGGAACCGCUCGCGGGAGGCCCGCAAGGACCGCACGCCCCCGCCCCGCUUCCGCCCCGCCGGAGCAGCCCCCCGGCCCCCCCCCAAGCCCAUGUGAGGAGACCCCGGCCCCGCGCGGGACCCCCAGGGCAGAGACCCCCAGAGUCAAUAAAGGAUCUGCCCCGA